AUGUGUACCUUCUACGAAGAAUCUGGAUCCUGGAUCGUGUCUUGGAUGCAUCCUGCGACGCCCACUACCCAGAAAGAUAACCGCCCCCUUCGUAGAGAUAAGGGAGAGGUGGAGAGGUUCCAUUCGAUCGAUUGUCGUCCGCAUCUCCGGGGUCGGUUCCAGAGCGAGCCGAGAAUGCAUUUGGUCCGGAAGUUUUCCAGCCAAAAGUUCUGCGCCAUUCUUCUUCAUCAGCAUCAGCUCUCGAAGAUGGCAACCGGAAAUCCGGCCCAGACAUUCGCAACCGGAAUGGAACCAUCGAACAAGUCUGGCUGGAUGAACUCAUUUGUCUCCGGUCUCCGGUCUCCGGUCUCCGGUCUCCGGUCUCCGGUCUCCGGUCUCCGGUCUCCGGUCUCCGGUCUCCGGUCUCCGGUCUCCGGUCUCCGGUCUCCGGUCUCCGGUCUCCGGUCUCCGGUCUCCGGUCUCCGGUCUCCGGUCUCCGGUCUCCGGUCUCCGGUCUCCGGUCUCCGGUCUCCGGUCUCCGGUCUCCGGUCUCCGGUCUCCGGUCUCCGGUCUCCGGUCUCCGGUCUCCGGUCUCCGGUCCCCGGUCUCUGGUCUCUGGUCUCUGGUCUCUGGUCUCUGGUCUCCGGUCCCCGGUCUCUGGUCUCUGGUCUCCGGUCUCCGGUCUCCAGUUUCUGGUCUCCGGUCUCCGGUCUCCGGUCUACGAUUUCAGGUUUCCGUUUACGAUUUCCGGAGACCGGAGACCGGAGACCGGAAACCGAAGACCGGAAACCGGAGACCGGAGACUGGAGACAGGAGACCGGAGACCGGAGACAGGAGACCGGAGACCGAAGACCGGAGACCGGAGACCGGAGACCGGAGACCGGAGACCGGAGACUGGAGACCGGAGACCGGAGACCGGAGACCGGAGACCGGAGACCGGAGACCGGAGACCGGAGACCGGAGACCGGAGACCGGAGACCGGAGACCGGAGACCGGAGACCGGAGACCGGAGACCGGAGACCGGAGACCGGAGACCUGAGACCUGAGACUGGAGACCAGAAACUGGAGACCGGAGACCGGAGACCAGAGACCAGAGACCAGAGACCGGGGACCGGAGACCGGAGACCAGAGACCAGAGACCAGAGACCGGGGACCGGAGACCGGAGACCGGAGACCGGAGACCGGAGACCGGAGACCGGAGACCGGAGACCGGAGACCGGAGACCGGAGACCGAAGACCGGAGACCGGAGACCUGAGACCGGAGACCGGAGAACGGAGACCGGAGACCGGAGACCGGAGACCGGAGACCGGAGACCGGAGACCGGAGACCGAAGACCGAAGACCGGAGACCGGAGACCGGAGACUGGAGACCGAAGACUGGAGACCGGAGACCGGAGACCGAAGACCUGA